UCCGCUGUAGCUUCGUGUAGAGCGGCCCCAAUCUGAACAACACUGCUAAUCUAUCGAAAGUUUGUUUUCUCGAAUUUCCUGCCGCUUCACGUGCGUUACAGCUUUCUGAAAAUUAUUCACAAAACUUGUGCUCGCUAGUCCGAAAGUUUACAUAAUUUGUUCUUAGCCAUGGGUAGGAAGCAAAAAUUGAAGAAGGACGCCAAGGCCGCAGCAAAAGCGAGUGCUGCAGAGAAUGCGAAAACCUCACUUGUCUCAUUGAAAAAUGACAUUAAGGCUUUGAGCGACGCGUUGGCCGCCAAGGAAAAGACUUCUGAAGAAGAUCCUACUCCCGGGUGCAGUCAGGAAAGGUCCCAGAGCAAGGACGCAAUGGAUCCUGGCUAUCGCAAAAAACUCAAGAAGCUGAUGGACCUGGCCCAAAAGGUGCCGAAUGUGCUGACUCUUCCGGACAAACUGGUAACCGUCGAAGAUUGUAAUGAAAAUGAUCAGUCAACGGACAGCGACGAUGAGGCCCCUGACCUGGUAGACCCCAAUCUGGAAGAUUUCAGUUCUUUGGGAGCUCUGCGAUCCUCAGAUUGUCCAAGGCAAUCGCGAGGCGAGAAGAAGGCACGUCGCAUCCUAAUGAAGAUGGAUCUGAAGCCGGUCGAGAACGUGGUUCGCGUGACAAUGAAGAAGAGUAAGAACUUUUUGUUGUACAUCGACAAUCCCGAGGUGUUCAAGGUGGCACACUCGGAGACGUACAUCUGUUUCGGACCAGUCCGUGUGGAGGACAUUAGCACCUCGGCCGCCGCUUCACAGGCAGCAGCCAAGGCUGCCGAACGUUUCCGUACUUCGUCCAAUUCAGGCGGUGCUGAGGACGGCAAGGGGGAAAACCAAGCCGAAGGAUCCCCUGCUGAUGACGACGAGGCCGAGGAGUUGGACAAGGAAGUCACCAAGGAUCUGGACGAAAAAGAUAUUGAACUGGUGCAAAUGCAGGCCGCCUGCUCGCGCAACAAAGCAAUCAAAGCUCUGCUAAUGAACGAUAACGAUGUGGUCAAUGCCAUCAUGGCCUUAACUGUGGGCUAACAGCUUCUCAAUCAAAGUUAAUUUAUACAUGUAAGAAAGGUAUUUUGAUUUGUUCACCAAAUACAUGUAUUAUAUUUUCCUAA